AUGUCAAGUGUGGUGUUCAAUGCAAGCGCCGUCGGCAAAAACGCCGCCGAACUAUUUCCCACAACAAUCGGCGGUGCGAGCAAAAUGUAUCGCUAUCAGCACAUAAUGCCCGCUCCCGAGCUGAAGACAAGCUCCAGCUCCGGCUCCAGCUCCGGCGGCGCCUCGCUGAUCAAGACGCGCAAAUAUACGCCGCGUGGCAUGGCGCUAGCCAAUGCCUCGAGCGGCAGCAGCAGCAGCAGCAGUAGCAGCAGCUCCUGCUGCUCCACCAGCUCGCCGUACAACGUGGACCAAUCGCAGUCAGUGCAACGGCGCAAUGCCCGUGAACGUAAUCGUGUCAAGCAGGUGAACAAUAGCUUUGCCCGACUGCGCCAGCAUAUACCGCAAUCGAUAAUUGCGGAUCUGACGAAGGGCGGCGGCCGUGGGCCGCACAAGAAAAUCUCCAAGGUGGACACGCUGCGCAUCGCUGUCGAGUAUAUCCGGCGGCUGCAGGAUCUGGUCGAUGAUCUCAAUGGCGGGCCGAGCAGCAACAGCAACGGCAGCUGCACUAUGGCACAGCUGAAUCUGUGCCUGGACGAGGAGACAUGCAGCAACAGCUCCUCCAUAUCGAGCAGCAGCUCCAGCUUGGGCAGCCAGCAGCUAAACCAUAAUCUCUAUUAUAGCAGUGCGCUGUUAACCGCAGCUGCCACGCCCACAGCGCUGCAGCAGCAACAGCAAUUGCAGCGACAACAGUUUCCACAUCAGCCGCUGACGCCCAUCACGCUCAAUGGCAACACGCUGCCGACAGCAACAACAACAACAGCAGCAACAGCAGCGACAACAACAACAACAACAACUGGAGGCUGCCAUUCGCCAACAUCGUCGUUCAAUUCGAGCAUGUCCUUCGACUCGGGCACAUAUGAGGCACAGCCACAGCAGCUAUCGCCGCCCGUGGCGCCCAUGGAUGCCCAGCUGCAAUUGAAAUUCGAGCCGUACGAGCAUUUCCAGCUGGACGAGGAGGACUGCACGCCCGAUGAUGAGGAAAUCCUCGACUAUAUAUCGCUGUGGCAGGAGCAGUAA